CCUCCGUAGCUACCGCUCCGGUUCAUCUUUCGGAUCAUCCGGACAUAUGAGCGACAACUGCCACUUCCUCGUUUUCUCAGGUGUCACAGCUUUCUCUCAUUUCUGCGAUCGGCCAAGCAUAUCAAGAGAAUUUUAAGCUUAAUUCUCUUGCAAUUCACUUGCUUACUUCCACAUUGGCCUUGUGUGAUCCCCGAUCUCGGCAUCAUGCCUACCUCACCACUAUGGGCUCUUAUGCCCCGCGGCGACCACUCCUCAUCGCCAGAGACCGACCAGUCUUCGUCUUCAGGCACCACGGGAAACGUUUAUCCCUCAGAUUCAUUUGCAGAUGACCUGUUCCGCGAUAAGUUCAUGGGCAUCGCCAAGGGAGGCUCUAAUGGGGAGAAAAUCAUGCGUGGCUUUCUGAUCGGUCUCGCCAUUGGCCUGGUUGUCGCAUGCUUCGUUUGCUGUUGGUACCCAUGCUGUCGACCACGACUCCAAAAUCAGCGUCGAAGACAACGAAGGCGCAGAGGACCCCCCGCAGCAGAUGAAGAAGAAAACGCAACAAGCCGUGUGCCUCCUGCAUAGCGCUGGCCUUAGCUGGAUCAUGGAUAUGAGGAGGGCUUCGCUUCGGCAAGCUGAUGCUUUAACCGAAAGAGAGGCCGUGACCAUUUCACUU